CGGUUGAACUUGAAUUUCGACGCCGCGAAAGUGGCGAGGUGGGAUCGAUGGCAGACGCCGAAGCAGACAUUUGGGGACGGCUCUCGCUUCCGUCUUUCCGAUAUACCAUUUCAGAGCCCAAGCAUGGCAUUCCUUACAUUACAGCCAUCCAAGACCGCUCAGCAUGCCUUGCAGAGAAGCCUAUCGCUGCGUCGCACGGCCACUUGGUAUGGGAUGCCGCGUUGGUGCUCGCCGACUACAUGCAACAAGUGCACGCCAAAGCGACCACUCUCGAGAGCUGUCGUGCGAUUGAGUUGGGUGCUGGCAUAGGCCUUGUUGGAAUGGUGCUCGCAGCGCUCGGCUGCAUGGAGGUAACUUUGACAGACCAGCCAUACUGCAUUCCACUUCUCGCUAAAAACGUUGAAGCAAACUUUGGUGACACGGUCUCGGUGGUGCGCCCACGUGUCAAGGCUCUGCAGUGGGGGCAGCUUGUCGACGACGAGAUGGAACGAAAGAUGGAUCUCAUCGUGGCGUCCGACGUGCUGUACAACGCCAGCGUCUUUCCCGACUUGAUUCACACCCUUGACGCUCUCGCGAACCCAACCACCCAAAUCUUUCUUUGCUACGAGCCACGCAUCCCAACGCAGGAAGCGUCGUUCUUCGCCCAGCUGGAAGCUGCCGGGUUUACGUUGCAGUCCAUCACGUUCUCUUCCACGCAAGUCGACUACCCAGACGACAUGGUGCUCGUACGCGCGGUAAAGCAUGCAUAGAUUUUUUGUUGUCGAGGCGCGAGUUCUAUCCGACGCUGGCGAGAUCGACGGCAUGUUGUAUUCACGAUCACAGGAAUUGGUUGCGCGCGACGCCACAACCAGGGGCAUCAUUGAGGAUCUUUUGAAUCGAUGCUGGUGCAGCCAUGGCAAAGCGAUCAAUUGCGUGGCCACAGGAUGGUGCGACAGUCUCCACAGGUUGAGAAGACGGGCCUGUCUGACGAUCGAUCUCAACAGCGAGUCCAUAAGAUCUAUGUCCAUCCGUAAAGGACCCUUGGGAUGUG